AUGUUGUAUGCUAAAUUAUAAUCCUAUGUAGGAGAGGAAUUCCUAAUUAAGACACUUCCUACUUAGCUCUCCAACUUCCCAUCCGCAAGAGGAAUUCGAGUGAUGAAAUGUCCAAAUAAUCCAUUGAUAAUUGGAGAGUUGAAACUAUCAGAAGAGCUUUAUUAAUUCUCAAUAAUUCCUCAUACAGAGCUAUAAAUUGAAAAUUAGGUUGUCACAAAGGAAACUAUUUUGACUAAUUUUAGCAGAAUCUACAUCCCAUGUAAAGAAUGUAGAACCAAACAUUAUUAUACUUUCAUUCUUCCAUUGAGAGAGCCCUUAAAAUAUGAAGCAUAAAGAGCAGCCCAAACAUAAUUUAAUAGAGUUCAUGAUAAAGUGUUAUAUGCAAAAUGGACUUAAGAAGAUAAAGAGAUGCUAAAGAAAUUGAUCCUUUAAUUUGGGUAUGGGAGAUGGAAUAAACUGUAAUAACUAAAGUUUGCAAACAGGACCAGAUAGGAGAUAAAGGCAUUUGCAAAUUCUCUUUUAAGAUCAAUAGUCGAACUAUUGGUAAAUUACGAUUUAGGCGCAGGAAUAGUAAAUUUAAUAGAGGAAAACCCAGAGGAUCCUUAUAUUGAAACAAAUCAAAAGGACUGGGAGUUGCAGAAUCUAAAAUAAAAGCUAAUAUCUAUCAGUAAGAGAAUUCUGAUGUUGGCAAAAAUUCGAGAGUUUAUUAAAAAGUUUAAGGAACAUCAACUAAAAAAUUUGGGUAUUAAAGACAAAUCGCAACGUAAGAAUUUAUGUAGAUAAAUAGUGAAAUGGGAUUAUCUAUUGGGAUUCAUUCCAAGUAGCUCUUUUUAUUCAUAGAGACCAUCUAUUUGGUGGACUAGGAAACAUGAUAGUGAUCUGAUUAGAGGAGUGUAUCAAUAUGGAUACACCAAUCAUUUAACGAUUAAGGAAGCUAAUGAUCUAUGCUUUAAAGAUUUAUCUACAUCUCAAAAUUAUUAAGAGUUUCCAUUUCCAGAAACUUUGAAUAAGAGAGUAAAGAAAUUGGUAUAGAUAAUAUAAAAAUUUGAUGGGUUUUAUGAUUUUGAUAAUUUGGCCUAGAGUGAUGAUGAAGAGGAGAAAUCAUGGUCGAUUGCUGAAAAGUAGGCUUUGUUUAAUUUAUUGUGUGAUUAUGGAGUACCUAUUGGUGUUGAUGGCAGAUAAAAUUGGUAAGAACUCAAAGAUAAGUUGAUACUAAAGAUCAAUAAAUUCGAUAAAAAUCUGAAUCAAUUAGAGAAAAUGGUUUAAACUAUACGAACUAGAUGCGAAUAGAUGUUAAUGAAACAUAAAGAGAGAGAAUUUUUGGAAAGUGAUUCAAGUGAUCUAGAAAUAGAAUAGCCACCAUCAUCAAUUGGAGAAAUUAGAGAAGAUCAAGGAGAUGAAUUCUAGAUUUCAUAUUCAGACAGUUAAAAGUUUAGUAAAUAAACAAAUAUGUUGCAUUUCAUUAGAAAGAAUAUACUCCCCUAAAAUCAGGCACUGUUCUAAUAGCAUAUCCAAUAAGUGGAAAAGGAAUUGUUGAUUGAUAUUCCUGAAUACGAUCCAAAGACUCAUGAUAUUCAAAUUAUUAUUACACUCUCUUAGACAGGAUUUAAUGGACUUUAGCCCAUCACUCUAAGCAAUAUUAAUACCAUUAUGGCUACUGAAUAAAUACUCAAUAGAAUUGAAUAGCUAUGCUCAUUUUUUAAGAAAAUUAGAGAUCAGACUAAUAUUAAGAGGAAACCAGAAUUAAAGGAUGAUUAAUAAAAAAAAAUUAAACCUAAUUCUACAGGUGGAGUGAAUGAAAUCUAAUUACCUUAUUAAGUCAGUACUAGUCUUAAAUUGGUAAGUCUUGGUAGAAUCAUACCAAGUCCUGCCUAUCAUAGUGAACACAAUCUAUUUCCAGUAGGAUAUAAAAGUAUUAGAACCCAUGCUAGCAUGUUUACAAAAGGUAAGAGAUGUCAGUACACCUGUGAAAUCUAAGAGGGGAGUGAUGGCAAACCUUUAUUUAAAGUAACUAGUGAAGAAGAUUUAGAAAAUCCAAUAAUUAAGAAUAGCUGCACUGGUUGCUGGGUUCAUAUUUACAAUAGAAUCAAUGAAUUGUAGGAACAUAAAAAAUCUAAGGUUACAAUCAGUGGUACAGAUAGGUUUGGAUUGUUAGAGGCUAAUGUCCAAAGAUAUUUGGAGGAAUUACCAAAUGCAGAAAUGUGUUCUAAAUAUAAAUUUAAAUAUCGAAAUGUUGCUUAAGAUUUUUGA